UGAGAAUUGAUGGCGCACUUGCAGUUUGGCGCCGGCGCCAACGGUAGCGUCCUCGUUUUGAAUUUACUUGCGUAACUAUGCGCACUGUUCAAUGUAUAGGCGUCCGUAUUUAGGCUGCUGCGUUAAACCCAAACGUUUAAGCUGCGUGAAAUGGUAUAGCUAGCAGAUCUUCCCCUGAGAAAGCCUUGCGAAGAGUCGCAAUUUCAAAUCGUGUCUGAUGGAGUCUGGAGUUGCUGCGACCUUGGAAAUGCUACUGCCCCUUGCAUCUUCCAAAAAUGCUGCUGCAAAAGCAGAGCUUCAGCAAAAGAUUCAGGAACUGCCUUCUACGGAACUGGGGCCACUUUGGAAGGCUGUGUUUGACCAACUCAAGACCACUGUUCUACAGGUUGUGUCUGAAGAAAGAUUGGAAGAAGAAUGUCUUCCACUGUUGGCGCUCUGUCAUGCAGCUAUGAAGGCAGACACAUUGUGCAAUGCUCUCACAAAUGCUGCCCUUUUUCUAAAUGGCGUCAUGCCCCUGCUGGAAGAUGGAGAGCUGCUCGACUCCAUCCACGCCUUCUGUGUUACAUGGUGUACCAAAAAACUUGAAGGCUGGAAGGACCUGUGGUUGAACACAUUCAUAAGAUCUGUGCAGCUGUCCCUGAGGAAACACUCCAAGUCAAAAUUGGAGAAGCUCGUAACGUCUGUCUUCCUGAUGAAAUGUGGCCUGGGCAAGGAUGAAGACGGACUAAAUGCUGUUGAGCUGGAUCCUGAUGAAUGCAAAACCCUUUAUGAUCAGCUGGCUCCUUGUGCCAUCUCGCCAAACUACCUCAGCAUUGUGAAGGGAAAGAAGUUCAUCUCCUUUCUGCUGACACUGCACAAGGACCUUGCUAACAGCAUAUACAAGGCAGUGGAUCGUGCCUUGCCAAACAUGACAAGCUCUCAAAUACAAGUGUUGGCCCGAGCCUAUAUCUCUGCGUGGAAAGCAGUGGCUGACACACCGCAGGCUACGGUUCUUAAAGAAAACAUGCAAGAGAUAAUGCAUUGGGCAGUGAAUGGUGAUCUCGUCGAAGGCCACCAUGAGAACUUGUUUAAGUUUCUGAAAGUUCUGCAUGUUGAGAGAAAGCACAGACCGUUUUCCCUUAUGUUGUGCCAUGCCUACUACCCUAUCCUUUGGCGAGGCCUCCAGGCAAGGCACUUCAAGGUUCGCCACUCUGCGGCCAGAAUCUUUUUUGACGCAUUCCCUCUUCUGGAGAACACUCAAGUUGCACUUCAGCAGGAGGAGUUGAUAGCGCACUUUGAAGUAAUGCACAGCCUUCUGUCAGAUGUGCAUCCAGACAUCCGAGCGCUGGCUGUCAGAGGAGUGCUCAAGGUCAUGACUGAAUAUUAUGAGCUAUUUCCUGCUCAUCAACGAAAAUCUCUUGCCAAGGUCUUGAUUGAGAAGAAUGCACAAGACAAGAACUCUACUGAAUCUCGAAUUCGGGUUAACCAGGGGCUUGCUUUCAUGGUCAGCAAUCCAAUGACACACAACCUGCUCAAGGCCCUCAUUCCCAGGAGGAAAGACAGCCUCUACGACACUUACGCUGUUCAGGUGUCCUACGUUUCCCUCCUGUCAGCAGCUCGUGGUAUACCGGGAUUCAAGUUCUGGGAAGAGGCUGACCCCAAGGUCCUGCUGACGCUGAUGGCCACAGGCAAGCCGCGGCUAUCCCUAAAAGUGGCCACGCUGCUGCGGAACAGCUAUUUCAACCCAGAUGCUGCCGACCGUAGGCAGAACCUGGAGCGCUGCUUGCUCCUGUACUCCCUCAAUCCAACGGCUUUCUACGUAUUCUACUCUCAACUGACGCACAUCGCACCUUUGAAAGCCAUUGUUGAGUUCUUGGUCCUCGUCUGCAAAGUGCUUUUGCGAAAUUCAGCAGUGCUCAGAAAGACAGGCGCGAAAGAGAACCUCCUACCAGAUGAAUUUGCUGACAAUCAGGCAAAUGACAUGGAAGUGUACAAGGACCAAAAGCCUAUGGAACAGAAGUCCGUCCACAUACUUGUUGAGACACUGGCAGUCGCCUACAGCAGUUUGUCUAUGCGGAAGGAGCUCACAUCUGAUGAGCUGAAGCCACAUUGGAAGUUUCUCGUGUCUGUGAUGAAGAAGACUGUGAACGACUUGUUCCAGACUACUGAAAAGGCAUUAUCACGGAAAACAUCCAUCACCAGUGAGCGACAAUCGUCCUUGACACAGAGCAAUGCCAUGAAUGUCACCAAUACUGAGCAUGGCUCUCUCAGCUUGCAGAUUUCAGUGCUGAGUGCUGCCUCUCUGCUGCCUCGUGAUGAAGCCAGCAAUCUGUCCCUGCGCUGCUUCUCAAUGCUUCGCAACUUCGUGACUGGGACCAAUACUGGUGCACAUUUGACUCUGUCCGAGGAAGCCAAGCAAUGUGUACUGUUUCUGUGCAACAUGCAUCGAGCAGCUGAUGUCUUGGGACUGGUGGUGGAAUCUGUCGAAGAGCUGCAGAACAAGCAGACACCAGUCAAGCAACGUCGAGUGCGCUUCUGCGUCGAACGGCGGCCUUGCAAUCCUGAGCUGGGAUUGCAGGUGCUCCGGCAACUGUUGGAAUCUCCUCACCUGCAAAUGAUGUUGCUCAAGCAUCACACUGUGCCUCUGUUCGACACCUGGAAUGUACUCUUGCGCAUUGCUGACUCGUUGAAAGACUUGCUCUCCAUCUCCAACGGCAGAAUGGUAGCUCAAGACGAGAUGAUGAUGGCCUUUGACUUGUUCCUCCUCCUCACAUACCUCCUUCAAGGCCAGAAACAUCCCGUGACAAAAGAGGAGUUCACGGCAAUAUCAACAUUUGAGCGGCAGAUGGAGUGGAUACAGGAGCGCCUGUUGCCAAAGGUGUCGGGACAAACUGGAAGACGGCGGGAGUUGUCUGUCCAGGUGGUCAAGAUUUACCUGAAGGUGGCUCGGUCUGUAUUCAUGGCGAAAUGGGCCACAUUUCACUUUGCCGAGAAGGUCCUAAGCUUCUUGGCACUGUGCAAGGAAAUAGAAGUGGAUUCCGUCAAGGAGGACAUUGCCCUGAUUCCUCCAGUCAUGAAGAAGUUCAUGAGGAUCUUCGUGGAAAACGAGCAGCAGCUGUCCACCAUUACUGCCCUCUUGGAAAAGUUUGACUGCGAAGAACAUUGCAAGAAAAAUUCCAGCCGUCGGUCGCAAAGGAGUUCGAAGGGCAUUUCUGAAACAAACGCAACCACUAGUGCUGAAUCAAUGGUUGCGUCAGAUGGCGAGGGCUCCAAAUAACCCGCCACAUCGCCAAACUUCUUUUGCAUCAUUUUUUAUUCUUUUAAAUCUGCACUUUCCUGCACCUGUAUAUAUCCAUAUACACCUGUAUAUUCAAAACGAGCAUAUUCUUAGACUGCACACUUAGUUGCAGGAAAUAUUUCUAGAUUUAUUUUUUUAAAUUUCCGCUUGCACAUUUAUAUGCAAUUUACAUCAGAUUGCAUCCCUUGCAAGACCGGGCCGGUUAGUAUAUUCCAGUAGUUAACUUCUAGUGCACAAGAAAGAACAUGGACACAGAAAGCUUGAGGCAAACUUAAGCACUGACUUUUGCAUACUCUGUAUAAAAGUUGGAACCUAAGAUUUGUGUUCAUCUGGUGCCGUCUGUGUUUUCAUUUCUUCUAGUGCACUAGAAGCGCAGUAAAUGUAGGUAGCAUUGUUCGACAGAAUGUAGAUAGUGGAAAGGGCAAUAUUGGGAAGUACUACUACUUUCAGUAUCUUUAGUCGUGCCUUGCUAAGUCUUGUGAGGUGGAAAUGUAGGGCUACAUUGUGUAUCGUUUGGGAUUUGGACAUGCCAAUUUUGUGCAUGACCUUGCCAACUAGGUAUGUCGACUCCAAGUUGGUGAAUUGGUAGGUUUGCAUUGUAAUGUUUCACACUGUAAAUGCAGCAGUUAUGAAUUUUAAUUUAAGCCACUUUAAUCAGAGGUUUACACAUGUACUGUAAUUUUAUUGCUGAAUCUUUAUUUACAAACCGACCAUAUUUACUCGGAUGUAACGAGGGACGACUUUUGAGCGACAUUUCUUUUCUUCUAAAUUUUAUGUAACGUGAGAUGUUGGAAAAAGAAACGGUAUCAUUAUUCAAGGAAACGAGUCCUCUUCACUUAUCAUUGUUGCUCUCUGAGGAGGAGGCAAAGGUUUCCUUGGGCGGUAUUGAGCAAUCGCUUUCAUAAAUAGUUCCACUUUCGAGAAAUUUCGCGUGACUUGGCACCAAACGCGUUCGCAACAGUUUCUGCUGCUGUACCAAGCUUGCUACCUUCGCACAAUGCCAAGACACACUGUCGGCCCUAUACUUCAAGGAGUUCGGUGCCAAGAUGAGCCAAAUCUCGCAAAAUAAUACUAUCUCUGAAAGUGAUCACUUGAGAAUAAAGUAGUCUUUCAUGCCGUCAAGCUUGUUUGAGAUUGAGCACUUAAAAAAAAUAUGCACAACCAUUUCAUGUGGGGGUGAGGGGGCGUCAAACCAGGCCAGGACAAGGUCCGCAGAGCCCUUCCGAUUGGCCUCCCGCUGGCACCGCCAUUUUCGAAUUGUGGACUCGUUAACGUUGAGCCGCCAAUCUGCAGCCGAGUUUUCCUGCUCCUUGGCCAUCAAAAUUGCUAAUCUUUUAAAGCUGGCGUCGCACUGAACGUGCUGCAUCACCAUAAUGUUGUUGCGGAUGUGCGGAAUCAGUGUGAAAGGCCACAGGGUACUGCAGCACCGUACAGUCGCAAGCACAUUGAAAGUGUAGUUGGAUUGAACACGGAAGAAGUUUUGACUCCGGUCAACUUGCCUAUGGAUUGGAUCCAGAUCUACAGGUUGCUAAUGUAGUGCUCAAUGCAGGAUUUAGAACGUUUCUUCCAAACUGGUCAAUGUUGCUGUUAUUCAAAUGUAACAUGAGUGUCAACAUUAAGCAUGAAAAAACUUGUUACAAUCGAGUAAAUAUUGUAAUUAUAGUGCUGUGUGGACUACUAUUGUAUAAACAAGCUAAAGAGUUUCUAUCUGUAAAUAAAUGACUUUGGGUCUUUGUAAAACAAGUGUGUGUUAUUUGCAGCAUUGAAUGUAGACAUGUUAAGUACAGUGAACUCCGUAUCAACGAAACUCGGACAAAAAUGCUGAAUAAACGUAAGUGCCGCAUAAAUUGUAUAAUCGUACCAUCAGCCCUGUAUGGCUGCCCAAAGUCAGUGUUAACAAACUUGUGUUAAAUGGAACGCCUUUUUGUGAACUCUAAUUAAACAUAACCAAAACUAUCGCCUACCUCAUCUACGUGUGGAGCAGGAAAAGUCCGACAGACAUGUGAAAUGAUACUAUAAAUAGCGAAAAAAAUUGUCUGGCUGGCAUGUUAAAUGAACUUAAGCAAAUAAAGAUGUCAAAUUUACA